GGCAAUCUCAAGCAGGAUCUGGCCCAUGAUCCUCCCUGCCACCCGCGUGCGUGCGCCAUCCAAGACUGCCUGACCAAGAACGGCUACAAGGAGGACAAGUGCCAGGCACAGAUCGAUGCCCUGUAUGAAUGCUGCAAUGCCUUCUACCAGGCCCAAGGGGACACGGCGUCGACCUUCGUUCGCCGGCCAACCAACGCGCUCAACAACGCAAAAGAGACAAACACCACGACCGACUUUCUUCAUCAACAACAUCCACCACCCAUGGCGCCGCUGACUCGCUCUGCGGCUUCGGGCCCGAAUGUACGCCAGGCUGCCCGUGCUCCGGCCAAGGCACAGGAAGUUAUCGACAUCGAUGACGACGAGGAGUCCGUCGAGGAAGACGAGGACGAGAUCCUCGGCGAUGAAGAAGAGCAAUAUGAGGACGAGGACGAGGACGAGGAAAUGGACGAGACGAUGGACGACGUGACCGGCGACUCGGACGCGGGAUCCGGCGUCCCUCUCCUCGAGCCCCGUCUCAAGUCAGUUUCCGGCCUGCUGAGCAAAACUCAAGGUUCCCCCGAGCUGUUUACGGCCACGAGCGCCCAGGAAGCAUUGCAACCCCUUCGCCGGACCGCCGACCGCGUCACUCGCCAGAUCGAAGCUUUCGCGGACAAACUCGAUCAAUUUAAGCGGAAAAACACGACAGAUGAGUUCCAAAAAGUCCAGGCAGCGUACAAGCUCGUGGAGGGCUAUCGCGACCUAGCGCAGAACGCCAUGCAAGACAUCCACAAACAACAAACCCUGAAGCGAGCCAAGAUGGGGUAUCGGUCGAGCGGGUCGCACGACACCAAGACCGAAGAGGAGCUGCAACGGCUGCAGCUGGAGGUCGACACCUGGCGCCUCUUGCUUAAUCUCAUCAGUAUUGACGAUCCCGCCAGCCGGGCUGCUUUCAAGGAGGGCCGGCAGGCGGCCUUCCAGAAUCUCCACCGGUACUCGUCGGACCGCGAGGUCUGGGAGGAGUUCUUGGCCGCGGACCAGUACGGACUCGAGUGCGUGGUCGCCAUGCGAUGGCUGGAGGAGACGGCGAAGACCGGAAACCAAGAUCUCGACCUGCUGAUCACCGACAUGGAAGCUCAAGCGGAAAGAGGCCAGGGUUUAUGGGCGCAUGGAUGGCUCUUCACCAAGGAAGCGAUCAAGGGACAUAAACGCCUGCGCGCGUGGCCACAACCUCUGGAUCCGAACGAGCCGGGGGUCUCGCGUGCUCUGCAGAGCAGCGACAAGCAGAAGCCCUUGAUCACCCAGCUAGAUCCCGACGCGCUCACUCGGCAAAAACAGGAUCUUCAGAAGCAGGAUGAAUUCUAUGAGCGCGCCACCUGGAUGACGUGCUGGAAGAUGUUGAGACAGGGCGAGAACUGGACCAAAAUCCGCGACUGGGCUCGGGGCCGCAUGGAGAAUUGGAGAGCAGUCAGCCUGUGUGGUUCCAGCGUGGACGACACUCACGGUGUCAAUACUCGAACGCCCGCCGAUGAUGGCAUGACUCGCAUGAUGAAUAGUCGCUCGAACGAGUCGUGGCGUGCCGCCUGCUCAGCCCUGACGCGCAGCUCCAACACGGAUGACUUCGAGCGUGCCGUGUAUGCGCUGCUCUGUGGUGAGACCGAGGCUGCCGCCAAGGUCUGUCGGAGCUGGGAUGACUACCUCUACGUUUACUUCAAUCGCGUCGUGCUGUCGCGCUACCAGGGAUUCUGCAAGCAGUUCCAACGGAAGCUGAGCCAUUCUCCCAACACACCUGUCGCCUACAAGCCGGAACCGGCUGGACACACAGACCUGCAAAAGUUCCUCCAGUACCUGAGGGGCAAUGAUCAGGUCGGCGGCGAAGCGCGCAACCCCUUCCGCAAUCUCCAAGCCGCCAUCUUGAGCAAAGGAUACGAUACAUUUUUCUCGGCCCUCGCUCACGCGAUUUCUCAAGUCAGUGCCAACAAAUUCGGAGCAGCCUCCAUCGUUCCGGAGUUGGCCCGUGAGCCAGUGGAUGAGGCUUUCCUCAUUGCUGCCGAAGACGAAGAGGCGUUGAAGAUCGCUACUCACAUCUACGUGGCCGUCAGCUCCCUUGGAUACGCUUCCUCAGACCCUCAAUUCUUGGAGAUGGCGUCGGUGAUCGUGGCCGGAUACAUUGCGAAUCUGGAAGUGAUGGAUCUCUAUGACCGCAUCCCGCUGUACGCGUCUCUCCUGCCGACAAAGAUGGCCCAUAGCGUCUUUUCGAAGAUUUUGAUCGAUAUUGUUGAUCCCACUCAGCGGAAACAACAGCUCCGGCUCAUGCAGAAGCACGGCAUCGAUGUCGAGGCUGUCCUCGACGUUCAAUGGGCGUGGCUGAGUGCAAAGGUGUCUACCAUCGAGCGCGCCAGUGCCGUGACUGGGUAUUCGCGGGUGAAACGGCAGAAAGAUGGUCUCGUGCUGAACGCUGUCAAGAAGGAUCUGAUUGGGACGGACAUCACCGACGAGGACGAAAAGAUGAUCCGCAGUCUCGAAUGGGUCCGCUCGUCGAACAAUCAAUUCCUCAAGAUCGCCGAGCGUUGUGCUUGGAUGUACCGGAAAUUCUUUGUUGCUGGCAAACUUGCCGCUGCUCGUGAAUUGGCUCAGCGUAUGCCCAUGGGCGAGAUCUCGCAGGAGACUUUCGGGUCCGAUAUUUUCCAGUUCCCGCCCCAGGAAGACGACUCCGGGGAAGGGUCUGUCCCGGCCAGUCCGACUAAGUCACGGAAGAACAGCGUUCACCGACGGAGCCUGUCGGGCUCCAACGGCGCUGCACAACCGAAGCCGACUGGCCUGUAUGCGACCUAUCUGCGAUCUGCCAAGACUUCCGAUCUGGAGUCUUUGAUCGCUGGAUUCGACACGCUGGAACAGUUUGCCGUUUUGCAUGAGCAAAUCUCCAAGACAAAACGCCGUCGAGACUCCGGCACUCUUCAGACACUUUUUGGCGACAUGUCUGAUGUGAUGGCGGAUAUCGAAGUCAACAUUGGAUGUGUGGUCGAGGACGACUGGCUGGCUGAGAGCCCCGACACCGACGAAGAAAAAGACUUCGAGUACAUCCGCCGGACCUACCUCCCAGAAUUGCUGCUCGACUAUCACAACGCGUUGUACUACGCCAGCAACACCCUAGGGGAAGGGAAUCUCCUCAUGCAGUGCAUGACCGUUUCGAUCUGGAUCGCCAGCAAACCACAUCUGACCCGCAGCUUCACCGAAUCGAAGCGCAUGGCCGAGCUGGUCGAGGCGCUUGCGUGUUCCAGUAAGGCGAUGGUGCUCGACAAGACGAUGAAGGACCGCCAUUUGGAGUCUGGGCAGUACCCUUUUAUCUGGCAGGUCAAGGCGGAGGAAGAGAGUGGCAGUGAGGUGCCACAGUAG